ACACCGAUAUUCCUCUGUUGUUCGUACAUCAUCUGUCAUGCCGCUCUCCAGUGCUGGACCCGUAAGCGAAGCUUUCUACUCCAUCGCAACACAGGCCCUAUGCGUUGCAGCAGUUGUGAAAGGAUGCCGCUACAGUCUCCGGGUGAGUCCUUCAUACGCACUCUCGCUAACUCCUCAGCGAUGGAUCGUUGUCGAGACUUUGCGCCCAUCCCCUGUUCAACCGGAUACCUUCACCACGACGGUGAAGAACAAGUGCUUGUUUAUCUCUGUCCUGGCAGUAGCGUUCCUCGUCCCACUCGCCAUCUGGUUUGGACUCAUGUUUGGACUGAGGCAAAUUAAAUCGGAACUGUGGCUCAACAUUGCCUUUGGAGCUAUCUUGUGGAUCGCCAGCACCGCGGCAAAUUACCAUGGGUCCAUCGUGCUGUUCACCCCCGCUAGGACCGCGCAACUCGCCUACAGUGAAUUGAUACCUGGUGUAUACGAACUCCGUGAGAAGACACAAGGAUCGUCACUAGUUCGACUUGCCGGCGCCGCCGCCUUGUCGGCGGCUUGUAUCUAUCUCAGCUCGAAAGGUGUCCGUAUACUGCAGCCAGUGCUCACUACUUCGGUCGUCCUCACAUUGGCUGGGCUAAACAGCGCAAAUCAUCGGAUCAGUGUUCGGGGCGCCAACAUGUUCAUGGCCUUAUAUAUGUUUGGCGUUCCCAUUCUAGCUGUCACGAUGUGGGGGGCGCACGAGAUCCUGGCUCGGAUCUUCCAUUGGAAGGAAGAGACGCCCAGGCCCGAUGGCUCGCCUGACUUGUACGACUGGAUGCUUCGGCUAUUUUUGGCCUUUGUCAUAGCCAUGCCAUCUGCGCUGGCGUCGGUUUUUAUCGGCAUGGCCUUACGAUUCGAGUAUUCUAGCUCCGGCACGGGUCUACAUCGCAGCCAACCAGGCGAGGAAGUACUGAUUCCCGCCGAUCCGCCCUACUUUUCUCGACCCAUGUUCAACGCCUCUGUGCUCGUGCUCGGGAUAGUCGUCCUCAUGGGCGAGGUCGGCGUGUGUCUUGUUGACCCUACUCAUCUGCAAGAUGUUCUGUGGUUGAUACCGGCAGUACCCAUAACAGUCAUUGUCCAGCUAUUACUUGCUCGACGGUGGGGCGUAUGGAGAGACUGGUGGACGUAUGCGGAGAUCUGGGUGCCUCGCAAGGAGGAUCUCCUGAAAAGGGCCUACAAUAUCGCGGCCGAGGAAGAGGACGGCGGUCACUACCAUUCCUAACACGU